AUGUCUGCCGUCGCAAUGGGAUACCCAAUGCCCAUCCUUCUAAACUGGAAACGCGAAUACAAUCGACCAUCAUGGCACUUUGCAGGUAGUCACAUCGCCAAGCUCGAGAGUCUACUAGCAGCCAUCCAAGUACUCCUCGAGCAAACAGACAACGACGAUGUAAGCGACGAUGAUAUUGCAGUUCUGGUAGACGCCUAUGAUAUGUGGUUUCAGCUCCCACCUUCUGUCCUGCUAGAGCGCUAUCAUCAGCUUAAUCGCGAAGCAGAUGCCAGAGUACAAAAGCAAUGGGCAAACCUCAACAUCAGCGCCGACUUUCCUAUAUCGCCACCUCGACAGGACAUAAUUAUCACUACAGCCAAAGACUGCUUUCCUGAUGCUUACUCUGGUUCUAAUCCUCGAUACGAGCAUUGGCCUGAAUCCCCCAUGCCGAAAGACAUGUACGGAGAUGGGACUGACAAAAUUCCCUGGUCGUUUGAUCCAGCGCGCAAAUACAAGAAUAUCCGUCCAAGAUGUGUCAACAGUGGUCUCAUCAUGGGUUCUAUGGGCGGUCUACGAGAUGCAUUGCAAAGAUCAAAAGAAAAGAUUGAUGCUGUAGCUAUGAAGGGCCGACAACUUUGGAGUGACCAGGCUCUUAUUGGAGAAGUCAUCGGCGACCAAGAAAUAUGGCGCGAAUGGAUGAGACAGCUAGGAUCAUCAUGGAACGGCUCUGUAUCUUUCAAUGGCAGAGAUACACUCUCUCAUGACGUCCGCAAGAUUGCCGAUGCAGCACUUCUCGGCCAGCGCUUCGAAUUCGGUAUCGGUUUGGACUACAACUUCACCACAGCACCACCAACAUGUUCAUCUGAAGAAGACGGUUACUUCGUACAUCUUCUCAACGAGACUAACAUUAUUGAAGAGUCCAAAAAGGCGGGUGUGCCAGGUCCCAUCCGCACAAACGGUAUACCCCCCGAGAUACGCAACACCAACGACACUCUCUUGUCCUCUACAAACUGGGGUUCCAUCCCACUGUACACAGACUUCUUCUUUGGCACUACACCUAUAGCAAUCCACCACAACGCUUACAUCGACGGGCUCAAGAGUUCCAGACUAAGAGAAUGGUGGGACAAGAUGUGGUAUCACGCCCAACUACGACAUCUCAUCACACAGCGCCUUCAGUCUCCAGCCUCAUCACCGAUCGCAGAAAUCGAAAGAGGCAAAAUCGUGUACACUGCGCCCAAGGAAGACAUAGUGUCCAAGAAAGCGCGCGUGUUUAGUCCCCUGGAGCCAAACUUUGCGGGAGUGGAUUGGGACGCUUUGUGCCAGAAGCCAGGACACGGGGUACCUUGGCACGAAGAGCUAUUCCAAGAUGGAAAGGGACCACUGGAAAUAACCCGAGAAUAA